GCCCCAACGAUCUGCCAUGUUGAAGGGUUUUCGCACAUCCAGAUUUCAAGCAGACGAUAGAUAAAAACUCUUUUACACAUCAUUCUCUAUUUAAGGUCAUUCGGGUUGCUCUAAGAAAUGCUAUCGCGCACCGACCGCGAACGUGGGUCAUCCACUCCCCUGUCCAUCUCGUCUGGAUCUGGCUCGGCCGGAUCUUCCCAGUCCAAACGUGAAAAAGAUGGGGAUAGCAGGCAAAUUCCUGACAAGCUGCUCAACCGCCCCUCACCGUCCCCAUCUACACCCAUCAGUACCACAGUUCGUACGUCAACACCCACCAUAAGCCUCCUCCCCCCGCCAGCAGUAUCCACCCCACCAGCAGCGCAACCUAUCCGAUUUCGCACUGGAUCUAGAAAUACCGUUUAUGAUGUUAUGAGGGAUCGUGGGUGGAAGGAAACGGAUGGGGAUAUGGAUUGGGACUUUUUUUGGGCGGAUGUACAUUGGGUUCAUGAGACGUUUGAUCAUGUAUAUUUGCAAGAGCACCAGCGGAUCAACCAUUUUAGAAAUCACUAUGAGUUAACACGAAAAGAUCUGCUGGUAAAGAACGUCAAAAGAAUGAUAAAAACCAUAGAAAAAGAAUACGGCAAAGCCGAAGCUCUCAAAUUCGACUUUCUCUCCCCUUCCUACGUCCUUCCCGGUGAACACGCUCUAUUCACAGAAGAGUUCAAACGUAACCCCGGCAGCGUCUGGAUCAUGAAGCCUGUUGGAAAGGCGCAAGGGAAGGGGAUUUUUUUGAUCAAUCGAAUAUCGCAGAUUGCGGGGUGGAGGAAAGACGUGAGAGGGAAUGUUCGUGGAGAGAAGGAUGGAGAGGACGGGCCCGAGGCGUAUAUUGUGCAGAGAUACAUUGAAAAUCCCUGCUUGAUUGGAGGCAAAAAGUUUGAUAUUCGGAUUUAUGUCCUCGUUACCUCUUAUUAUCCCCUGACAGUCUACAUCCAUCGUAAUGGAUUCUGCCGGUUCUCAAAUACGCAGUUUUCCAUGCAAGCCAAGGACAUUAGCAACAUGUAUAUCCACGCCACAAAUGUCGCCAUCCAAAAGCAUUCACCAAAUUACCUCUCUGGCCGUGGAUGUAAAUGGCUGUUACGGAAUUUAAAAUUGUAUCUGACAACCCAGUACGGGGCGAAAGCGGUAGAUGAACUCUUUACGGAAAUGGAGGCUUCAGUUGUGAGGAGUUUGAUGAGCGUGCAAAAGGUUAUGAUUAACGAUAAGCAUUGCUUUGAAUUGUAUGGUUAUGACAUCCUCAUCGACCAAAACCUGAAACCAUGGGUUCUAGAAGUCAACGCUUCCCCCUCCUUAACAGCCGAAACCCAAUUCGACUAUGACCUCAAACACGCCAUGCUGCAGGAUUGUUUUGAUGUCGUUGAUUUAGAGCGAAGACAUACAGGCAAACCAACUAGGACUCGUGUCGGUGGAUUUGAUCUUGUUUACAAUGAUGGGCCAGUCCGGCAUGAGAGGACAAGCAAUUAUGCGUCGUAUUUGGGGUGCUACCAACCCAUCCCACGAGCUCCACGAACCAAAAAACGGUUCGGAAAUGCACCGGGACCCCUCCCACUGACACCUACUUGCGGGAAGAAUGCUUCUGGGUCUGGGAAUGGAUUGGCGUCAGGAGGACCGCGAUAGAUUGUUGCAAUAAAUGAGUGGAUGGAGUAUUUCCAGAC